AGCGCUUCGCACAAAUCUCACCACGUUCCGAUGGAGUGGGGUUUGCCUGUCUGUUUCGAGGGAUUGAGUCAAAACAAGCUCUGAAAAAAAACGGGGCUCAGUUUCCCUAAUGUCCUCCUUCAAAUUAAUUAGUGAUGAGAGUGGCUGAUUCUCUGAGUGUAUUUCAGUGAGGGAUAAAGGACGACAGUUUCAGGCUCUUGUCGUCAGCUGCUGGUGUAAAAGUGCAAUCCGUUGGUUCAUCUGUGACUGAACUCGAGCCAGACCGAUGACUCUCGGAGAUUCCAUCACUAUCGCCGACCUCAUGCAAGAUGUGCUCUGGACUGGCUGUGAUUUCUCCUCCUCAUGCUCGAUGGCAGACGAAGACAGCAGCUCUGUUCAUACUUAUGCUGCCCCAUUGGAGUUUGUUCAGAGUCUGGAUCUGGGCCCUGGAGUCACUGCCAAUGUCACUCUGUCUCCACCCCCGGGGACUAGCAAACAUGCCCCCCACAGCAUCAUCAUUGGGGUGCGCAAGGGGGGGACACGCGCCCUGCUGGAGAUGCUAGAUAUCCACCCUGAGGUCGCUGCCGCCGCCACAGAGGUGCACUUCUUCGACUGGGACGAGAACUACGCCAAGGGCUUUGACUGGUACCGUGAGCUGAUGCCCUAUUCCUACCCGCACCAGAUCACAGUGGAGAAGACGCCAGGCUAUUUCACCUCUUCCCUGGCGCCAGAGCGCAUCCGUGCCAUGAACUCCUCCAUCAAGCUGCUGCUGAUCCUGCGGGACCCAACUGAACGCGUCGUCUCAGACUACACCCAGGUCUACUUCAACCGCCUGGAGAACCACAAGCCAGUGCAGGCCAUUGAGAAUCUGCUGGUGCGCAGCGGAGCGCUCAACACCCGCUACAAGGCCAUCCAGCGUAGCUUCUACGACGUGCAUAUGAGGAACUGGCUGCGCCACUUCCCUCUGGAGCAGAUCCACAUCGUCGAUGGGGACACUUUGAUCCGGGACCCCCUUCCCGAGCUGCAGAAAGUAGAGCGUUUCCUCAACCUGCCCCCCAGGAUAAUGUCGUCCAACUUCUACUUCAACCAGACCAAGGGGUUCUUCUGCAUCCGGAGUGAGGGGCGAGAACGCUGCCUGCACGAGUCCAAAGGGCGUCCCCACCCGGCCGUCAACAGUACCGUGCUGCAACAGCUACGCUCCUACCUCCGGGAGCACAAUCGUAACUUCUACCGCCUGGUGAAGCGCUCCUUUGACUGGCAGUAAGGCGGGGCACCCCUCUUCCUAUGUGGACUAGUUUCUCCUGGCCCACAGAAGACUUCGGAACCAUUGCCCUGUUUAAGGACUGACUGACCAGUAUUAAAGGGGCAAAAGCACUUUACGAACUCUUGACACCCAAACACUCCUGUCAAUCGCCUUUUACUCUGCUCUGGUGUCAGCAGCGCAGUUCCACAUUUACAAAAUAAAGCAAGAACUUAAAAUAUAAGCUAAGGUGGAAAAAUCGGCAAUCUUGAUAAGUCAUUCUCUGUACUGUACCGAACAAAAGUGACGCAGAUUGUGGCAAAACAAUUUUGUGAACCUGAUGGAUUUUUUUUCUGCUUUGUUUGAUAUUCUUGUACUUGAUAAUAAAUUGUUCUGCUUUAAAAAUGUA